UACGAGGUUUGCGCGGAUCUUUCCAUUUCGUUGCUACCAAUGCGAAGGAGCGGGUUGGAAUUUACUGACCGCGGUAGAACAGUGAGUUAGGUGGUGAUGGUCGAAACUACUGGCUAAGAAGAUUAAUUUUUAACCAAAAGACUUCAACGUCUAUGGAUAUGCUGACAUUAAUUUGCGCCGUUGUGGCCCUGGUCAUCUUCCUGGUACUUUGGAUCCUGUUCAUCGUGUUCCCUUAUGACUACAGUUGGAUUCUCAGAAGAAGUGAUACGGAGAAAAUUGAGCUGAUACCUGGGCCAAAAACUGUACCUUUCUUUGGGAACAUAUUGAAAUUUAACGUUCCAGGGGAUCAGAUAAUUAAUGUAAUUGUUCAACUACAUAAGGAAUAUUCGCCAGUAUUUCGCAUCUGGAUUUUGGGAUUCCCCGAGGUGUUUAUUACAGAUCCAGAUGAUAUUGAAACGAUACUCAGCAGCAGAUCCCACAUCAAAAAGAGUGUGGAUUACUUACUUUUAGACCCGUGGCUAGGGGAAGGCUUACUCACCAGCUCAGGUAGUAAAUGGCAGGAACACCGCAAGAUCCUUACACCAACAUUCCAUUUCAAGAUUCUUGAGGAGUAUGUUCAGGUGUUCAACUCAAAUAGCCAGGUUCUGGUGCAGAAACUUCAAGAAUGUGUCGGACAGCCCUUCGUGGAUAUCAACUCACUUAUCACAAUGUGUACACUGGAUAUAAUCUGCGAAACAGCAAUGGGCAUAUCUGUCCACGCCCAGAGAGGUGGACAAGUGGAAUACAUUAAAGCUGUGAAAAGAAUUUCGGAGUUAUUUAUACAUCGGCAGAUGUCUCCAUGGCUGCACAGACGUUUCAUUUUCAAACUCACCCCUUCUGGUCUAGAGCAGGCCCGAGUGCUCAAAACUCUACAUGGCUUCACUGAAAAAGUAAUAUGGGAGAGAAGAGCUGAACAUAGAGCGAGCACACAGAGUGAUCUCAGAACAGUUUCAGCUGAACAGACAGGUAAGAAAAAGCAUAUGAAUUUCCUUGACCUGCUGAUAGAUGUCUCAGAGGAAGAAGGACUGUUGACAGAUACUGACAUUAGAGAACAAGUGGACACAUUCAUGUUUGAGGGUCAUGAUACUACAUCUGCAGCCAUAUCCUGGGCUCUUUUCACACUUGGUUCAUAUCCUGAUGUUCAGGAAAAGGUAAUGAAUGAACUGAAAGAGAUUUUUGGGGAUUCUGACAGAGAGGCAACAUAUGAUGAUCUCCAAAAGAUGAAAUACAUGGAACAAGUCAUCAAAGAAACACUGAGACUCUAUCCCAGUGUUCCAGGAUUCAGCAGGAAACUUGACAUGAAUGUGCAAAUAAAGAACUACACUAUCCCUGCUGGGACAUGCGUUCCUAUUAUUCCAUAUGUGAUACAUCGAAACCCAAAGGUAUUUCCCAAUCCAGAAGAAUUCAACCCUGACCACUUCUUGCCUGGACGAAUUCAGGGUCGACAUCCAUUUGCUUAUAUUCCAUUCAGUGCUGGACCCAGGAAUUGCAUUGGUCAGCGCUUUGCUCUACUUGAAGAGAAGGCUGUCUUGUCCACUGUAUUGAGAAAAUUCAAGUUGGAGUCCCUGGACAGAAGGGAAGACAUUGACUUGAUGUUUCAGCUAAUACUAAAACCAAAACAUGGGCUCAGGAUUAAGAUUACACCAAGAUAAACAAAUAACUGCAGUUACACAGCUCUGGAUGGAGUGAUAGCGAAGAUGCAGGUAAUGAAGAAACAGGUGUAAGGAAAACAGUAGCCAGGGACAGUGUAUUGUGACGUGUUAAGCUAUGGAUGAUGCCCCCCCCCCUCGCCAGCGGUGAUGCGCUGAGCGGAGCCAAGCGAGCCGAGUCCCAGCACGCUGGUCACUAUGCAACACGAGUCAACAGCGGUGACGUCACCAAGGGAUAUCGCGGUU